GCAGCUGUUCAUUUACGUUGAUGUUGUUUACAAACGUUUUGAGAUGCUUAGCUCUAUGUAAAAGACAGAUUAAUGUAUUAUGUUUGACCUGCUCAUCUUGUUUCUGAACACUUAUUUAUUUAAUGUAUAUCCUAUUAAAUUUAAGUAGCAAGGACAUUUUCGUAUAGUAUGUCAUAUUUUUAUUCAGUUCUAGACCAUCACGUGAAUUUUUUUAUCAUGUUUCAUAUAUACUCAAGUUCUUCUUUGAAUGAUAUCUUCAACAUUUAGUGGACCAUGCUCUUGGAGCUAUGUGACUGGUGCCGAAAAUGCAAGAGAGGUGCAGAUGGCUAUGUUUCGUUGAGAAGAGUUUUUCUUCUGGUGAUAGUGUUGCUAGGUUUUCUGUUGUAUGCGGGCCCUUCUAUGUUCCGAUGGCUGAGGAAGAAGACGCCCAUUAUGAUAGAUCCCAACAUUGGAUGUGUUGCGGCCAACAUGAACUCCUUGGUACGAGAAUCCACCUACUUUGAUGCAAGCAUCUUUCGUUCAUAUGAACCGGAUGAUGAAUUUCUCCUUCCAUUUAUAGGAAAUGGAAAGAUGGGUGUCCCUCUGGAUGAGGAAGAGAAGUUGUACCUCUUCUACAGGCGGUCCCUCUCUGUCCCAGUCCCCUACCGCCCGGUUGUACGUGUCGACAUUCCCGGAGCCCCCCACAGAGAAGGGUUUGCCACUCAGUACAAGAAUGGUAUUGCUUACAAAUUCCAAUGUUUCAACAUGAGGAGACACCCUGUCAGUGUAAUUCACCAGUUUUAUGCAUACCGAGUGGUACCCUCCAUUUUCAUCCAGCAGAUUGAAAUCACAAACCCAUUGAAUGAAGAUCUGACGCUGAUUUUGAGACAAGAAUCAUCCGUCAUAAAUGAUCACACUCCUUUAGUCAUAACACUGCCAAAUGGAAACCGAUUCGAGUACGGAGUCUUUUCGGAUGUUGUGGCUAUCCCAGGGUCUUCUGAAAAAAUGGUGGUAUCAGUGGCCACUACCAAAGUGCUGGGGACAAUCGUAAUAUCCCCAAAGAGCUCAAAGAAGCUUGUGAUCCGGACGGCCGUCCACUACUCAGAGCCGUCAAGUGUCUCAGAGUCUGAAUCUGUGAAGCAGAAGCUGGAAUCUCGAGCACAGAUGGAUCUUAGGAAUGCCUUGGACUCUGAUCCACUUUACCUGAGGAUGAAGCAUAUAGAGAGUUGGAAGAAACUGUGGCACAGUGGGUUCAGCAUCAGUUAUUCCAAGGCACAGGGUGCCCUGAAUGGGGACCGCAUCAAUGCAACCCUCUAUUAUGUCCUGUCAAGUGCUAGAGAUCCCCCUUCAGAGUCAGAUGCUACCCCUGGUCAGAGAGCGGCUGCCCUCCGUUACCUGUACAUGCCAGACAAAUGCUACAGUGGACAUCACACACUGCAAGCAUCAACGCUAUGGUCUGACUUGAAAACAAUGAACGAUGUUAACAGAAUUGUGGAUCUCUGGAUUUUGACUCUGACCAAGCAAGGAUGUCACCAUCUACUGAUGGCAGGUGCUGAGGGCGUGAUGCAAGCAAUGCUGCUAAGUUUUGGUGGCUUCAAGUUCAGCCAGCACCACCUGGAGUGGGACACAGAACCAAAGGAUCUACACCGGGACCUAUCCUUCCGGCGCAUGGUCUAUGGCAAUGCAACACAUGUUAAUGUCAGUGUUGCAGUUAGGCAAGAGGAUAACAAGGCUGUCAUAUGGACAGCCCUGGACCGCAGUGACAAGGACUACUAUGCCUGUGAUGGGGGUUGCCUUGACCCUCCCAUCAAGCUUGGAUCUGAUCCUGUUCAGCUGCCGGUCAAACUGACCAGUCCUAUAACAGCCAUCCUGUACAUAACAGCGGACAAGCAACACAUGGAAGAACUCAAGCACACCAUACAUGUGGCAGAAGUUGUUGAAGCACCAGCACACGAGCACCACAUCCUAGCACAGCACCGCCACGGUCAUCAGCUGGGUGGUCUGCCGGCAUUCUUCUGGGUGUCAGUGGCCUUCCUCAUAGCAGUCUUCCACCUGUUCUUGGCCAAACUUGUCUACAAUGAAUACUGCAGCUCCCAAGAGAAGUCCCGGGGCAGAUACGUUGUCUGACAUCCCCUGUACAUACUUCUUUUCCUUCUUGUGUACAUAAAGCUCUUUAAUAUAUACACUUAUUUAUGACAGCUUGCCCUUUGACAUUCAUUUUGUUCUGAUGU